AUGGAUAAUGUCCUGAACUGCCCGGCUAAAGCUUCCGUAUCGCCAAGCAACUCCUCAGUGGAUGAGACCGCAGCCAAUUCUGGUGCCACUGCACCGGUUCAGGGUCCACUCUUCUUCAACUAUCACGAAUUUGCAGAGAGCUUCUACAUAGACAUUCGGUCAGACGGGCAAUUCCAUGAACAUGACGAAGAACAUUGCAUCUACAUGACUCACUUCCCCAAUGUCUACGUGCCGCAGGAGUCUGAAGAGUUCAAAACCACACGAAUCGUCCGAAUACCGAGAAGGUUUGACACCACUCUGGAGACCCUUUGCUUUAGUACUUGUCUCCCGGGUAGGGAGCCUGCAGCAUUCACGGAGCCGGAGGAAGGCCAACGGUUCGUGGCCCGCGGGAUCUACGAUAAUGGCCAGCUCUUUGGCUGUUCUUCGGUGAGUCCCCUGUCCCAGUACCUCAGCCAGUGUGACUUCGAGCGGAUUAUGGCGCCGAUUAACAAGAUACUAAGCGAAGCAACCGCGACGUUCUCCUGGUACAAUAUACUUGACCUCAUACUGGACAUCUUUACGCUUGGCUGCUGGCACUUCAUUUCGAAGUACGUUGUGGCCGAUCCGCUUCUCAGGCUGGAAAGCCACGUCGCCGAGGUGAAUGAACUACCAUUACUCAAGAAUAACAACGUCAAGAUAAUAUCGCCGAGACGAUCAGGGUACCUUUCAGUAUGUUGCAAGACGUAUUCUAUCGAGAUGAUCGAUUAUACUAACUUUCACUAG